AUGGGGGCUUGGAGAGUGGGAAAAGCGGGCAAGAGCACCUGGAUGAACGAACGGGCUUUCCUGCCUCAUUUGCGACUGCUAUGUCUCAAAGAGAUCCUGAAUCAUGGCACUGCGUCGAUUGUCGUGUUUAACGAGAUCACGGGCGCGAGUUGUACCCCUCCUAGCAGGCUCUCGGAAGGUCAACAGAACAGGCGGCUGACCUUGGAGCCAACUAGUCGUCGACUCGGCAUCUGUCUAGUGGUCCUGGUCGGGAAAAAAGGUUGUGGCCAGCUCGACACGAACGAACGCGAUUAUCAGUACGCCGAUCGAGCUGCCUGUGGCUCUCUGCCAGCGAAUCGUGCAUCCAAGUCCGGUUUUCAAUCCAGGUCCACUAAACCUGAACAGUGUGAUGAUGCCCUGUCCAAUGAAAACCACCCCACCCGAGCCGGAGUCCGACAAACCUUGCCCUGCAUCGGUCGCCAGAUUGCGACCACCCGUGCCAAGGCGAGGAGGGUGUUUGUUACUUUUGUCAGAUACAGCGUAACCGGAACGGUCAAAAUAGGAUCAAAAUUGAUUGAGAUAAUUCACGCUACGAACCGUAGCCCGGACUCUCCCGGGGCCCUGAUCCACCAGUCAAUUUUGAUCACAUUCAUUCCCUCGGACGUCGUUCUCCCUCGUCGAAUCUCUGCAGAGGCCAAAAAACCACCAGUCGGAGGCCUGGCCGACAUGUAA